AUGCUCUUGAUUUCCAUUGAUGUAGCAAAGAAGAUCGGAUUGCCAUAUCCAAUACCUUUCUAUAGCCAGAAUGGAUCGACGGAGGUGCUCCUCCGUGGGGUGAAUCUAGGGUCAACCGGAGCCACCAUCAUGAGCAACCCAACCAACUCAGUCCUCCAGUCCCUCAACCAGCAGCUUCGCCAAGCAUUUGAGAUUUUUCAGCUACUACAACUGGAACUUGGCCAAGAAACCGCUACUAACUUCAUCCAAUCCUCCACCCUAUUCUACCUCUCUUUUGGCAAAGACGACUACAUUGAUAUCUUCCGCAGCAAGUCCGCCAAGAGUCCAGGAUCAAAUGAAACGCAGCUGUCACGUAUUUUGGUGGAUCAAAUGACUAACGCAAUCCAGUAUCUGUAUGGUUCAAGUGUGAGGAAGUUUGUAUUUAUGGGGAUACUGCCUUUAGGAUGUGCACCUAGGUUUUCUCAAUGGACGAAUAAUGCAGUGAGUGGUGGUGGUCACAGUGGAGAUAGGGUGGUUUGUGCAGAUGAGAUCAACAAUCUUAUAUUGGAGUAUAAUGCUUUUCUGGAAAACCGUAUUAUAAGCCUUAAUGUUGAAUUAGCUGAUGCACAGUUGAUUUUUUGUGACGUUUAUCGCAUGAUGAUGGAGAUCAUCAAAAACCCAAACGCAUAUGGAUUUGAGAAUGUGAAUAGUGCAUGUUGUGGGAUAGGCAUGGAUAAUGGGAUGAGUGGCUGCAUGUCCAUGAACAUGGUUUGCAAAAACCCUUCAACCUAUGUUUGGUGGGAUCUAUUCAACCCUGGACGUGUAGUCAGCUCACUGCUUGCUGACUCAGCCUGGUCAGGCCAAUUAUUGCCCGACAUUUGUCGCCCUACCACUCUCCAGAAGCUGGUAUUUUCUUGA